AUGCCUUCUUUAACCACUUUGGUUAUGGAUCAGUUCGUCACGGAAUGUGGGACACGAAACACCGGAGACCACGGGACCCGAUUUGAUUUUACCAUGUUCCAGCCUUCGUCAGGCGAUCAAACCCGGAAAACAACUUCAGCUUUCCAUUUAAUGAAGAUUAUGAUAAACGAAAAACACAGUGAUCUUUUGGUUCAUCCACUUUGUACCGCUUAUCUGACUAUGAAAUGGGAAACUUAUGGACGCUGGGUACAAUUACUCGAGAUGGUCUAUUACGCAAUGCUCUGCCUCAUCAUUACUCGGUUUGCGUUGAGUCAAAUGCCCCUCACAGUGAACUACAAUGAACCACAAAUACAAAACUGUAUGGAAAAGAUCUAUGGGGACGUGUAUCAUUCACCCUUCACAACUGCUACUUUGGCUUUUGCGACAGUCACUUGCAAUGCUCACGUUGUUGGAAGUUUGAUCAGAAUAUCAAAUGAACGUUGGCAAUAUUUUACCAGAUGGAUCAACUGUUGGUUGCUUCUGUUCAAUGUGCUCUUCAUUGUCAAUUGUGUCCUCAACUUGACCGGUCAACAUAGCCCUGCUUGCGGUGCACUGACUGUGUUUGUGAUGUUCAUGUCCUGGAUGAAUAUUUUACUCCAAAUGCUCCACUAUCGCUCGAUUGGUUUAUUUGUUGUCAUGUUUAUCCAAAGGAAAGUGAAUACUUACACUAUCCAAGAGAGACGAAAAAUCGAUUGGCCUAUUGUUUCAUCGGAUACGAACACUUGA